UCUUCGGGAAAAAGGAGGAAUCAAACCCCCACCGCCCUCCUCCGAUUAAUAGGAGCGAGCGGAUCGAAGCGCCUCCAGAGGAGCGACGAGCUGCAGUCCGGCCGCCUUCGAGCGCAGGAGAGGAAGAGGAGAAACGGAGGAAUCAUCAUGUCCGGGAACAAGAAGCAGCGCACGGACCUGCAGAGGUCGACCAACGUCGUGUACCAGGCGCAUCACGUGAGUCGGAGUAAGAGGGGGCAGAUCGUGGGCACCAGAGGUGGCUUCCGGGGCUGUACCGUCUGGCUUACUGGCCUGUCUGGUGCCGGAAAGACCACGGUGGGCUUUGCCUUGGAGGAGUACUUGGUGAGCCAUGGCAUCCCAUGUUACUCCCUGGAUGGCGACAACAUCCGGCAUGGGCUGAACAAGAACCUGGGCUUCACGUCGGCCGACCGCGAGGAGAACGUCCGGCGCAUCGCCGAGGUGGCCAGGCUGUUCGCUGACGCAGGCCUGGUCUGCAUCACCAGCUUCAUCUCCCCUUUCACCAAGGAUCGAGAGGAGGCCAGGAAGAUCCAUGUGAACGCCAGGCUACCCUUCUUCGAGGUGUUCGUCAAUGCCCCCCUAGAGGUGUGCGAGAGCCGGGACGUCAAGGGGUUGUACAAGAAGGCCCGUGCGGGAGAAAUUAAAGGCUUCACGGGUAUCGACUCGGACUACGAGAGGCCCGAGGCUCCGGAGCUGGUGCUGAAGACGGGCGAGCUCACCGUCAACGAGUGCAUCCAGCAGCUGGUGGAUCUGCUAAGGGAGCAGACCAUUGUCCCCACUGGCAUCAUGGAGGAAGUCAAUGAGCUCUUUGUACCGGAGAAUAAGCUGAACCUGGCACUGGCUGAUGCCGCCACUCUGCCAACCCUGAGCAUCACCGAGCUAGACCUGCAGUGGGUGCAGAUCCUGGCUGAGGGAUGGGCCAGUCCCCUCAAGGGCUUUAUGAGGGAGAGAGAGUUCCUGCAGGUUCUGCAUUUUGGGACGCUUCUUGACGGUGGAACCAUCAACAUGUCCGUGCCCAUCGUCCUGCCCGUGUCUACGGAGAACAAAGAGCACCUGGACGGCUGCACCGCCUUCGCUCUGGAGUACAAGGGUCGCCGAGCGGCGAUCCUGCGCAACCCCGAGUUUUACGAGCAUCGCAAGGAGGAACGCUGCUCUCGUCAGUGGGGCACCAGCUGCCCUAAACACCCUUACAUCAAGAUGGUCAUGGAGGGAGGUGAUUGGCUGGUCGGCGGUGAGCUGGAAGUGCUGGAACGAAUCAGGUGGAACGACGGGUUGGACCAGUACCGGCUGACUCCACGGGAAUUGAGGCAGAAGUUUAAAGAAAUGAAAGCAGAUGCUGUCUUCGCGUUCCAGCUACGCAACCCGGUGCAUAACGGGCAUGCGCUGCUGAUGCAGGACACGCGCUGUCAGCUCCUGGAACGCGGCUACAAGCGGCCCGUGCUGUUGCUGCACCCUCUGGGCGGUUGGACCAAAGACGACGACGUGCCGCUGGACUGGCGCAUGCGGCAGCAUGCCGCCGUGCUGGAGGAGGGCGUUCUGGAGCCCCAGUGCACCAUUGUAGCGAUUUUCCCCUCCCCCAUGAUGUACGCAGGACCCACGGAGGUUCAGUGGCACUGCAGGGCUCGCAUGGUCGCCGGGGUCAACUUCUACAUCGUGGGUCGAGACCCGGCUGGCAUGCCACACCCCGAGACCAAGCAGGACCUGUACGAAGGCUCGCAUGGGGGCAAGGUGCUCACCAUGGCCCCCGGCCUCACCUCCGUGGAGAUCAUUCCCUUCCGGGUCGCUGCAUACAACAAAGUCAAGAGGGCCAUGGACUAUUAUGACCCAGAUCGGCACAGUGAGUUUGACUUCAUUUCUGGCACCCGGAUGAGGAAGAUGGCACGGAGCGGAGAGAACCCACCCGAUGGAUUUAUGGCCCCCAAGGCCUGGAAGGUCCUCACCGAGUACUACAAGUCCCUGGAGAAGGACCAGUGAGCACCAAGCAAAAGUCACGUGGCCGUCGUCUGUUCAUUUUUUAAAUGUCAUAAAGGAAUAUUUAUAGUCAACAUAUUUUGGAACGAAAAUGUAAAAUAGAGUAUUUUAGUGGUACAACUAUACCGGCAGUUAGAAUCUUCUAGUAUGUCUGUCUGACAGUUGGUCGGUCUGUUUGAGAACAAUUGAAGUGGUAAUGUUGGUGAUUUUAUUUAAUAUGAAAUUCUUGUAGAAAUGGGAAGGUGUGUGAUGGGCCUUUAGGAGAAAGAGGCUGGUGGGCUUUUAUUUCCGCCACCGAGAAGGAAAUGGGUGCAUAGCAAUACAAUAGUGUGUAAACUGUAAGACUAACAAUAGCCAGUGCAGACCAGCUCUGUAUCAGCGGUUCAGGCAUUAGCACUAAUUGCUGGAAAUGUCCUCGUACUCUCUCGACUGUCUUUGUUAUGGUUUCAUUGUCUUUCCUGGUACACAGACUUUCUUUGUCCUGACAUACAAGCUUUACCUCAAUGUAUUUGAAAAUAAUGUUGAAACGUGUUUGUCAAAACACUCGGGAAGUCUGUUAAACAGAAACAGUCUGAAAUUUUGAGCGAUGGUAAUCUUAUUAUUUUUUUGUUUUAAAUGAAGCCGUCUUGGGAGCCCGUUUGCUCUCAAACUCAAAUAUUUUUAUGCAGUUAAAGCUGCACAGAAUAACAUUGAAAAUGAAAAAAGUGCCUUUUUGCUAUGGAAUGUCAACUUGACUGUACUACUGUUCAUGUGGAAAGAAAAAAGUAUUUAUGUAUUUUAACCUUGCCUUAACCUGAUUGCCUUAUAAAUAUAAUUAUUAUCAUUAUUAUUAUUUACUAAACUCUUUGACGUAAGCUGGGUUUAGUUUAAAAAGUCUUUAUAUUUCUUAAACUCUUUAAAUAAACUUAAAAUUGAUUCUUGA